AUGGCGCAAAUAGAUCUAGAUUUGUCGCAUCCAAAAAACGCAAGGAAUGAACCCCACAUCAUUGCUUUGUUAAUGAAGCUUCAUUAUUUUGUUGAUGUAAGUGUCGGUAGCUCUUUUAGAAAUAGAGUUACAUUGAUUAGUGUUUCUUUCUGCCCUUUUUAGUGCAAAAGUGGAAAUGUAAAAAAUAUUUAUUUUGUCCAAAGAUUCUAUUUUAAUGAGACUCUGCAUUUUCCACUUUAUGGUCCUUACACUUGCAGUGUCUUUCUCAAUUUGAAACUUUGCACUAUAUAUCCUUGGAUCCCUACUUGUAUUUAGAGAUGACGGGAGCGGUGUUAGUCGUCACUUGUCAUCAAAGUAUGGCUGACUAUGGUGAUGUAAUUUAUUGCUUUAUAUACUUGUAGGACGUUAAAGGGCAAUAUAUUGAAUCUUGGACAGAGGAUAAGAACUGCCGAAAAGCCACACUUAGUAUUUGGGUACCAGAUGAUGUAAGAUAUUGAUGUAGAUAUAUUGUGGAUCAAGCUUUAUACUAGAUGUUGCAUGGUAUAUGUAACAUCUAAUAUUAUGGCGUCGCCAUAAUUAUGGCAACGCCAUGAGAAUAUGAAUCGUACACGACAAAUCGCAGCGUGUAAACGUAGCUUUAUCCUGCGUUUGUCUCAAAACUACAAGCAAGUGCUCUUCGCAGAAUUACUACGACAGAAGGUCAACGUUUGACACUUCAGACUGUGUAUACACCAUAUACAGUAAAAUAUUCCAUGAUCAAAUUGGCCUUAUGAGUCACAGUUACUGCUUCGUGAGUUUUAUCGUAUGUAGUAAAAUUUUAGUUCUGUUGUCAAUCUUUAGGCAUUCCUUGCUUUUGCUAUUAUUUGCGGUACGCUGGUUUUAACAGAACGCUAACAUGAUUAAUUUUUUUAUUCCCAUUUUUGUAUUGUUCAAACUGGCCUUAUGAAGGACAAGUUCCAAAGUUUAUAUAUAUAGCACUGUUAAAAUAAGAAAUUUUACAUAUAGUGAGCAUUAAUAAAACUUGGCAAUUUUUUAAGUUAAGUCCUUUGCAAAUUAUUAUGAAUGUUGACAGUCUCAUAUACUUUUUUCAGAAAUUCAUUGACACUGUAGACAACUACCUCGAUAGUGUCGAAGAAUUAUUGGAGGAAGACAAAAAACUGUAUGAUGCGAUAAAUGGAAAUACGGUAAGGUUAUUGUUAUUGAGAUGUCACUGGCCCAUACUACCAUUCUAGAUUCUCUUUUAAUAAAGUUAUUAUUGUAUAUAUGUACAGUACUGUAUCUACCUAAUGCUGAAAAUCUAAUAUAUUUCUUUGCGAAACUCAUUAAGAAUUUAUGAACAAAACACCAAAGAAAUCAUUUACGUGAAGGAGUUUGUAUAAUAUCAGAUACAGAAUCAUGCUGAUUUACAUAAGCUUUAGUUUAAUUUUCUCACCAAAUAUCCAUAAUUUAUUUUAAAUUGUUGAAGAAUACGAAUUUUGUCAUCAAUACGUUUCAUAUGCCAUUUUUACAACAUUUGCGUCUGUGUUGUAUCGGAUAUACAAACUCUUGCCUUCGGCUCAUAAGCCUUUUUGGCAAAACGGUGCAUUUCGGGUAAUCAUGCAGGGCAGAAUUGAAAAGAAAUACCGUGAAAUAUGCAUCUUUUGAAAUCCACUGCACAGGUCAAAUAUUUUUUUCAAUUUUGCCCUGAUUACCCGAGAUGCACCGUUUUGCCGAGGGCUUAUUCUAAAGGAAGAAUAGCAAAUACAAAUAGGGGAAUAGUGUAUGGUGUCACUAAGUAUAACAAAUUUAGAGAUGUAUUAAUACAAAUAAAUCCUGUGAAGUUGUCAUGCAAAAGAACAUAUUAUAGCCCGACAAAGACUGAAAUACAAAUACAGUGAGGCACAUGCAGGAACAAUUGUAUGAAAUAUAAACAUCUCAAAGCGAGGUAUUCUUAUUAAAGUGCCCCUGACACAAAAAAUGAUUUUCAGUCGAUUGAAAGUACUCAUUUAGUGUAGUGUUCUAGCGAAAGAAUUUUUCCAUUUCAUCUAAACGAAAAAUUUUAGAGCCGUUUGAACACGCAAAAUUUGGGCUUUUGGUAGGCAGCCGUCCGUGUCCAAAUAAACUGGAACGAGCGAUUUUUGUUACGUCACGCAAGUGAGUCGGCAUAUUCUGUUAUUCGCAUAUAUAUGUAAAUUUGUGAAUUGUGAUCGAAAAAUAUAUGCCUUUUUACGGUGUUACAGCUAACUGUACCAAUAAAGCAUGUUUAAAAGAUGGAAUAAGUCUACACAAUAUUCCAUAUAUACUUCAAUGACAAACGCACGGAAGCUAAAAGACGAAGAAAAGUAAGGGUUGAUUUUGUAUGCGCAAAACUUUUUUUGUGCCGUCAAAGACUCCGACUGCAGUAUAUGCUCGGAUCAUUGUAGAACAGCGGAUUACGAGAGCCAAUUUUUUCGUUACCGGGGCUCGGCAAGUCUAACUAUCCGAAGCUAUUAAAGACUAACGAUGAUUUGCUUUGUUUUGAUGAUUCAAUUUGUAUUUUCCCUUUUUACGGGCCCGCUAAAAAUAUAAAUAUUUUGUAAUACCGAAAUAAAAGUGCAAAUCUGAAGACACAAGCUUGAAAAUAACAUGCUCUAAAUCAGUAGUGUUUUCGAUUCCGGUUCGAAUAAGACUAUUACGAAAAAGAUAUAUCCAAAGGGGCCGAAGUUAUGUUCGGCUAAAGGUAUAGCUAGUUUACAUUGUUCAAGACUAAUGACUCAUAACACCGCUUGACCUCUCAAAGGUCAUAAAUAGCUAUUUGAUAAAACUAUAUUUGACUAAAUCACUAAAACUAUUGUUAGGAAUUAGGAGAUUUUAUUUCACUGAAUCGAAUGGUAGUAAUUUUAUUAGUAAUAGCAUGCACCGAACCGAAGAUAUGAAUCUUGCAAAGUCAUAGAACGUCCAUGUUCUACAUAUAUAGUAGGGAGCUUAAGAUGCGCCAAAUCUGAGACACGGACGGAACUAAAAAACAGUCGCUAAUAUAAAUGGAGAUUAGUUUUACUUUGUUUUUCUCGUGUCCCUUAUCGUGUUUUUCUUGUGACGUAACAUGCAUAUCUACAAAAAUCCAAGAUGGUGGACAUUUCAUUUCUUUCGAUUAAAAUAUUCGUAGAAGUAAGCAAGAUAUCAAAAAACGGUAUAUGGUUUUAAAUGUUCUUUCAAACGAGAAAAUAAAAAAAUAUAUUGGCAUUUCCCUUUAAUACUACGGACCUGAUGAGAUGCUACAGAUAAUCAGCUCUUCCAACACAACAUAUUAACCAGGUAUAAAAUUCUCACCGGAAUCAUCGGACUGAUAGCUACUGUCGGAUUCUGUUGUCGACAUGAUACUUUAUAGAACUCAGAAUAUAAAAAGGUUAAGCACUUCAGAGCUGAUUAAAACAGAUAACAGACUGUAAUGAUUAUGUUAAUUUAUUUAUAUUAUUGCCUGCAUGCCUGGCAAUACGCCUGGAAGCCUGAGACUAUAAAUAAGCAUGUUGUUUUGUUUAACGAUGACACAAUUUAGUAUUGCUGUAUUAGGCCUGUUUAUUUUACUUUAUAAAAUAUAUGUUACUUUUCUUGGUCAUGUCUCUUGAUCACAACAUGGUGUCAGGUGUAAUUUAAACAAUAAAGUUGCCAUUAAGUUCCGCAUUUGGUUAUCUAUAUGUAAAUGACUUGAGCGAUGGUCUAACUGAAGUAACAUCCUAUCAAUAUGCAGACGACACGUCAUUAUACACACAGGGAAAGCUUACCGAAAUAGAACGGUUGCGAAAAUCAACUGCAAACAGCCAUGGAUUAUUUGUCAUCCUGGUCAAAUGGUUGUAAUCUCGCCUUGAAUCCAAAAAAGACCAAAGCCAUGUUAUUUUCAACACCACAACUUGCUAGACUCACAAUUUAGCUGGACAGUCAGUCAAUUUAACGGUGAAUAGCCAGUCAGUGGAAAGAAUUGCAAGCACUCGUCUACUUGGUACUGAAUUUCAGGAGAACUUGAAAUGGAAUAACGAAAUUAAUUCUAAAAUCUCUAGUUGCUAUGGAAACUUGUCCGUUUUAAGGAAACUUAAAAACUUAGCAUCUUUUAAAGUGAGAAAGCAACUUGCCGAAACACUCAUUCUGUCGAAGGUCGAUUACAACGAUGCUGUAUCAAAUCCAAUCCCAGAUUAUUUGAUGAAAUGUCUGCAGCGCGUCCAACUGGCAGCAGCGGGAUUUGUUUUGGGACGGUUUGCUACCAUGCCGGAAAUCUUAUCCUUAGGCUGGCUUCCGGUUGUCGAACGCAGGGAGUUUAAUUUAUCAAAAGCUUUGUAUGAACAGCAAUGGCCUUCCUAUUUAAAACUUGAGAAAAAUACACCUAAUAGGACACUUCGUUCAUCAACAGAACAUAAAUUAAAGGUUCCCUUGGAAGACGGCACAUUUCAGGCCUGCUGCGCUAAAGUAUAUAACACUUUACCUGAGGACAUUAGAUCAUGCACUAAUUAUUUUAGCUUUAUAAAAUUAGCUAAGGCUUAUUUUAGCAACAGAAAGACUCUGAAUUGUAUAUAUAUUUGUAUAUAAUUGUAUAUAUAUAUUUGUAGUUAAAGCAGUAGUUAGUUUUAUUGUAAUUAGCGUAAGAAGAGCCACUUUGUGGAUUAUGCUAAUAAACCUUUAUUAUUAUUAUUAUUAUUAUUAUAUAUAUAAGCUCUAAAGGCCUGAAAGGUGAAGCGAAAUGGACAAAUUUGAGCCGCCAUCUUGUUUAAGGUUCGAAGGCAACCUUAGUGAAAAUUGGCAGAAGUGGCGCCAAGAACUAGAACUUUAUCUUACUGCUACUGAGAAGGAUGGAAAAUCUGACAAAAUAAAGACAUCAAUACUUCUCACAUGCGUCGGAAAGGAAGGUAGAGAAAUUUUUAAUACGUUUCAGUUCGUCGAAGGAGAGGAAAUGAAAUUCAAAGUCGUAGUACAAAUGUUUCAAGAUUACUGUAGUCCAAGAAAUAAUAUUACAUUUAUGCGCCACAAAUUUUUACAUGUAAGCAGAAAGAUGGUCAAUCUUUUGAUGAGUUCGUUACUGAGCUAAAAAAGCGUAGUGCUGAGUGUGAGUUUGAAGCACUUCGUGAAAGCCUCAUCUGUGACAUUAUAAUAUGUGGAAUUGAUGACAACCGUCUUCGUGAACGUCUUCUUAGAGAGCCAGAAUUAACACUGCAGAAAACUAUACAAAUUGGACAUGCUGCUGAGGAGACGAAGAGACAUGUAAAAGAGCUCCAGAAAGAAGUCGAUGGCAAGAAUUCUGUUGACACUGUUUGUAGAAAGAAGUUAGCAAGAGAUGAAAAGAAAAACUCUGGCAAAGAAUCAGUUGGUUACGAUAAGUCCCUAAUUAAAAAUUGUAAGUUUUGCUCUUAUUCUCAUAAACGAGGAAACUGUAUUGCCUAUGGGAAAAAAUGCAUGAAAUGUUCUACGUUUAAUCAUUUUGCAAGAUGCUGUCCAGAAAAAAACAAGUCUGUCAAAAACGUUAAUUGUGACUCCAGUGAUUCUGAUGAUACACCCGAUGACACAUUUUUUGUUGGAAGUGUUAAUGUUGACACUACUGAGACUCAGACUAACCCUGUCAUAAGUGGAGAAGAAAGAAACUCAACCACUAAGACAAAUGAGUCAAAUGAAUUUACAAUUUUUACUGUUGGUUCCGAGUCUGAGAUUGAGUCUGAGUGGACAGUUGACAUGGACACUAAUGGUAGUAAUGUCAGAUACAAGUUAGAUACUGGUGCCCAAGUUAAUGUCUUACCAAAAUCUCAGUAUAAUACAGUAGAACCCCGCUAACUCGAACUCCCAAGGGGAACGAAAAAUUGUUCGAGUUAGCAAGGGUUCGAGUUAACCGGAGUUCGUGUCAGAUUUUGUUUAUUAUGUUAAUAAUUAAUAAGGUACAAAAGUUUUAUUAUACUGUUCAUCUAAAUUACAAAAAGUUUAAUUGUGCAUUCCUAUAACUAAAGUUCUUUAGUCAGUAUCUUUUUAACUUGGGUGAUGGAGGAGGCGUGCAAGUUCCAUGCAAACUAAAGUUCUUUGGACAGGAAAAAUAUGUAGAGAUUUACAAAAGGAACUAAAAAAAUUAGAUCAAUAACAAUCGUCGCAACUAUGUCUAUGUGUAUAAUCUUUUAAAAUUUAUGAUCAUUUAUACACCGAUUAAAUUGUUGUUAUUUGAAUAAAAAUCCAAGUUACCGGUUGUCAAAAUGCUAUGUUCUGACAUUUUAAGGUUUGCCGAUCCACGACUCGAAAACAAAGUUCGAGUUAACAGGAUAAAUUUGACCAAGGGAAAACAAAAUGUGUUCGAAUUAGCGAGGAGUUCGAGUUAAGCGAGUUCGAGUUAAGCGGAGUAAAUUACUAUAAAAAACAGUGUCAGAUCCAAGGGGAAUUGGAUUUACUUCGAGUUGGCGAGGAGUUCGAGUUAAGCGAGUUCGAGUUAGCGGGGGACUACUGUAGGUUGAUACGAAAGCCAAAAUUAAAGAAUACGAAAGUGAAGUUAACUGCUUAUAAUGGAACUAAUAUUCCUGUUGUUGGAAAGUGUAUUGUUCGAGUUGCCCAUAAAAAGAAUCGUGAUGUACCUGCUCUGUUUAUUGCCACAGAAACGACUUCACCACCAAUAUUGGGUCUUUCUAUAUGUGGGAACUUAAACUUAGUUAAACGUGUGAUGGUAGUAAAACCAAAGGAGGAACAAUUGCCCAUGCAGCUUCAUCUCUGAAUUUGAAUGUUGCUUUGGAGAACUUGGUACUCUGCCCAAAGUCCACAAGAUAGUUAUUGACCCUAGUGUUCUGCCAGUUAUUCACCCUCCACGACGUGUUCCUAUAACUAAUAUUCCUGUUGUUGGAAAGUGUAUUGUUCGAGUUGCCCAUAAAAAGAAUCGUGAUGUACCUGCUCUGUUUAUUGCCACAGAAACGACUUCACCACCAAUAUUGGGUCUUUCUAUAUGUGGGAACUUAAACUUAGUUAAACGUGUGAUGGUAGUAAAACCAAAGGAGGAACAAUUGCCCAUGCAGCUUCAUCUCUGAAUUUGAAUGUUGCUUUGGAGAACUUGGUACUCUGCCCAAAGUCCACAAGAUAGUUAUUGACCCUAGUGUUCUGCCAGUUAUUCACCCUCCACGACGUGUUCCUAUAACUAAUAUUCCUGUUGUUGGAAAGUGUAUUGUUCGAGUUGCCCAUAAAAAGAAUCGUGAUGUACCUGCUCUGUUUAUUGCCACAGAAACGACUUCACCACCAAUAUUGGGUCUUUCUAUAUGUGGGAACUUAAACUUAGUUAAACGUGUGAUGGUAGUAAAACCAAAGGAGGAACAAUUGCCCAUGCAGCUUCAUCUCUGAAUUUGAAUGUUGCUUUGGAGAACUUGGUACUCUGCCCAAAGUCCACAAGAUAGUUAUUGACCCUAGUGUUCUGCCAGUUAUUCACCCUCCACGACGUGUUCCUAUAACUAAUAUUCCUGUUGUUGGAAAGUGUAUUGUUCGAGUUGCCCAUAAAAAGAAUCGUGAUGUACCUGCUCUGUUUAUUGCCACAGAAACGACUUCACCACCAAUAUUGGGUCUUUCUAUAUGUGGGAACUUAAACUUAGUUAAACGUGUGAUGGUAGUAAAACCAAAGGAGGAACAAUUGCCCAUGCAGCUUCAUCUCUGAAUUUGAAUGUUGCUUUGGAGAACUUGGUACUCUGCCCAAAGUCCACAAGAUAGUUAUUGACCCUAGUGUUCCGCCAGUUAUUCACCCUCCACGACGUGUUCCUAUAACCAUCCAACCUAAACUUAAGGAAGAACUUGACAGAAUGGAGAAACUUGGGGUCAUAUCCAAAGUCACUGAGCCAACAGAUUGG